CAGCAUCUCUUGUCCUCUCCUGCGCUCCAAAGGGUCCAUCGCAUCUCUCCUUUUGAUCCAAUAGACCAUCACCCCAGCAUGCCUCUAUAAGUAAAUCAAUCACCUCUGAUCGAUUAAUUUCAAGUCGAAAGUGCAGAAUUUGCAGAUUUUUGAUCUUUCACGCUCGUUUCAGACGAGUUACUCGAUCCAAUCAUGGCUGCUAUACAAUGUGGCGUUGCAUUUCAGGGCUCAGUCGCUGCAUCUCUUAACAGUGAUACCUCACUUCACAAAUCAAUUUUCAAGAGCAAGAAGAUUAGCUAUACCGAGAAGCCAUGGAUGUCUUUUUCACCCAUGGAGCUAAAAACAAAGAAAACACCAUCAAGAUAUCAAUCUGCGAUUUGUAUGUCGACUCCACAAGCAGUUGGAAGUGCUAAGGUUUCGGUUUCACCUUUGCAUCUUGAAGAUGCAAAAGAACCUCCCCUGAACACAUACAAGCCCAAGGAGCCGUAUACAGCAACCAUUGUCUCUGUUGAAAGAGUUGUUGGCCCAAAAGCUCCUGGAGAGACUUGUCAUAUUGUGAUUGAUCAUGGUGGUAAUGUUCCCUAUUGGGAGGGACAAAGUUAUGGUGUAAUUCCUCCUGGUGAGAACCCAAAGAAACCUGGGGCACCUCAUAAUGUGCGUCUUUAUUCAAUUGCAUCAACAAGAUAUGGUGAUUCAUUUGAUGGAAAGACAGCUAGUUUGUGUGUUCGAAGAGCUGUCUAUUAUGAUCCUGAGACAGGAAAAGAAGAUCCUUCAAAGAAUGGUGUGUGUAGUAAUUUCCUUUGUGAUUCAAAGCCCGGAGACAAAGUUAAAAUUACAGGUCCAGCGGGAAAAAUUAUGCUUUUACCGGAAGAGAACCCAAACGCGACCCACAUCAUGAUCGCGACGGGCACGGGGGUGGCCCCAUACCGUGGCUACCUCCGAAGAAUGUUCAUGGAAUCAAUCCCUAAACCCAAAUUCACGGGUCUGGCUUGGCUGUUCCUUGGGGUAGCUAAUAAGGAUGCUCUGCUUUAUGAUGAAGAGUUCCGGAAGUAUCUAGAAGAUAACCCUGGUAAUUUCCGAUACGAUAUAGCUCUUAGCCGAGAGGAAAAGAAUAGAAAUGGAGGAAAAAUGUAUGUUCAAGAUAAAAUUGAAGAAUAUAGCGAUGAGGUGUUUAAGUUGUUGGAUGAAGGGGCUCAUAUUUAUUUUUGUGGGCUUAAAGGAAUGAUGCCCGGGAUUCAAGACACUCUUAAGAGAGUUGCCGAAGGGAGAGGGGAGAAGUGGGAAGAUAAGCUUUCCAAGUUGAAGAAGAAUAAGCAGUGGCAUGUGGAAGUUUAUUAGGUUAUGUUUGUUACAGGACAGGAUAAGAUAGAACAUAACAAUUGUUGUACUGUGAAUCGGAUUGGGAUAAUCUUUUAUUUUAGCUUUUGUCUCAUCUGCAAAGGUGUGAGAGACUACGUAUUGAAAAUAGUCCUAGAAAGUUUACACAGUGUUGUGUUGUGUCUAGUCUUGUACCCUGUAGCGAAUGGAAUGGAGCCCUAAAUAUCUGUUUGAGAUCUCUAUUUAGACUUUUGGGAAGCCUCUUGUGAGGUAGGAAAACUUGAAGAAUUUGAAUUGGUUUGGUUGUAAUAACUCUAUGAGGUUUGAUAUUUGUAUCACUUGGAAACAUUUGUGCUUUACUUAUUGGGUAUGGAAACAUUUUCUAUUUCAGGA